UUCCCGAGAAAACACUAAUUCAAAAAUGAAAUUUAUUUUGCCAAUUUUCUUAAUUCUAUCAGUGAUCGCAUUUGGAUCGCUGCAUGCAGCCAAGGUGUGUGUGACAACUGCAACAAAUUGCAAUGGUAAUGUUAGUGUUUGUGGCCGCUAUGGUCGCUCUAGAUUGUGUAAAAAAUUCCAAAAUAGUUGUGCUUUCCAGACAGCAAAUUGCAGCGAUAACAUUGGCUACACUAUUGUAAAUUCGUCCUAUUGCACGGGUAUUCCGCUAAAUCAACGUAGAAUGUGUAAUGGUAUGUCGAGUUCCACAAAUGGAUUAUGGGGCACAACAAGCAGUUUAUGGGGUUCAUCAAACAACAACAAUAAUAAUGUACAACCCAUUGUUAUUAACCGAGGAAAAUAG